AGCAGAAGGGGAUACCCUUAGCCUGUGAGCGCAGUGCAGAGAGGAGCCGUGCAUAUGAGAGAGCAGUGCAUGCAUCAGCUUUUAUGUUCAGGACUAAGAGGGGUGUAAGGCAGCAGAAAGCAAUGCACCGGACAGACUGUAAUCUUAGGCUUAAACGCCGAGUAUAUUAGUGUUGUCUCCCUGGUCUCUAGGCAACACUGACAUUUCAAGGGAACGUCAGAUCCGGGAGAGACUGAGAUGCAGUAAGAGACACCUGUGACUGCUGGCACCAGCCUGGGGCAACUUGGGAAGAGCAUUGGAUGAAGGCAUUUGUCAUGUGCAGAUCUCCCAUGAGAAGAAGACAAUACUCCCCAGAGGGUGCCCCUAAGAUACCCUAGCACCUUCUCCAGCCUUUGGGCAAUGAAUUCAGAGCCUGGACCUGCUCACCGCUCCCCAGGGGGCUCCAUAAACCAGUCUUUUAGGGGUUCCAUUAAUUCCUCAUCUUCUGGCUCCAUCAGCUCAGACGUUGGACGUGUCUUAUCUAUGAACGUCCGCAGGUUGCACAUAGCCCUAAACCGACUCUUAACUGACCAGGAGAGGGAGCAGCUUCUGCACUGUCUGCGCCUCUACCACUCCCGCAGGAACGUGUACGACCUGGUAAGGACUUUGCGCCUUAUACUGCGUCCCCAAGACCAGAGGCAACUUUUUCCCAUGCUGCGUUUGGUCAUCCCACGUUCUGACCAACUUUUGUUUGACCAGUAUACCUCUGAGGGGCUCUACCUAAAGGAUUUGCCUUUGGGGUCUUCUGGUUACAAUAAUGCCCUUUCUGAUACAGCUUUGGGAUUCAGCACCCAACUCCCAGGCACAGCUCCUCUGUUUAGUAACUCAGUGCCGGGAACAGCUACAGCAUUCAGCAACUCAGUACCAGGGACAGCACCUGCCUUCAGCACUCCUCUACCUGCAUCUGAACCUGCAUUUAGCCCUCCUAUAGCUGGAAUACCACCUUCCUUUAACUCCCCAGUCCUUGGCACACCUUUAAGGCCCAGAGCCCCUUAUCCCCCAGGAUGCAGCAACUCAUCACCCAGAGCAAACCGUACAGAGGUCCACCAAGUAACACUAAAGAGAAACCGGAACCAGGAGGGGCUGGGUUUCAGUAUCCGCGGCGGUGUGGAGCAUGGGACUGGCAUCUAUGUGUCAUUGGUAGAACCUGGUUCUCUGGCAGAACAAGAAGGAUUGAGAGUUGGAGAUCAGAUCCUUAAAGCGAAUGGGCAUCCGCUGGAUAGAGUAACCCAUGCAGAGGCAGUGAAGGCUUUGAGGGGCUCACAGAAGCUGGUUCUUUCUGUGCUAUCAUCAGGCCGGAUCCCUGGGGGACACACAUCCAGCCACAUCUACACCUGGGUGGACUCACAUGGCCGAAGUGUUUCUCCGCCCAGGGGACCCCCACAUCUCCAAAGCCCCUUACUGGUUGGUAUGGAGCAGGAGAAAAGAAGUCACCUUCAGCUACUCCAAGAAGGUGAUAAGAAGAAGGUGAAUCUGGUACUUGGAGAAGGGAGCUCCCUUGGGUUGUUAAUCCGAGGUGGAGUUGAAUAUUCCCUUGGCAUCUAUAUCACUGGUGUGGAUAAAGGAUCAGAGGCUGAGAGUACUGGGCUAAAGGUAGGGGACCAGAUCCUGGAUAUCAAUGGUCGCAGUUUCCUUUCCAUCCCACAUGAUGAGGCGGUCCAAAUUCUUCGCUCCUCCCGCCACCUCAUGAUGACUGUUAGAGAUGUGGGUCGUAUUCCACACGCUCGUACCAUUGUGGAUGAAACACAGUGGCUCACGAGCUCCUACACAGGGAAUGGAGAUCCUCAACCAGCCCUGGGAAUCCUUUCGGAUACUUCAUCUGACAGCACGGUAAAGCCUGUGUUCUACCGUGGUCCAACAGGGUCACAAGUCACGCUAAGCAGCCUGGGAAACCAGACUCUUGUCCUCUUGGAGGAAAAAGCUCGACUGCUCUUGACGGAGCCUGAGAGAAGCACCAUGUCCUACUACCUUCAGCAGUAUAAGGACCAUCACAUCUCAGUCCAGGCCCUGAUAAUGGCCAUGUUUGAACUACUGAACACUCAGGCAAAGUUUUCACUGCUGUCUGAGCUGCGGUCCCAGAUUUUACCACAGGACCUGGUUGUAUUUGAUAAUCUGGUGCUGAAAAGAGAGAUUGAGACAAUGAAGUUGCGUCAGCGAUCUGGAGAUACAGUUUCUGUCCUGUCCCAGACAUUAAGCACCUCAUCCUCAGAGAGUCACCAAACUGUCAGUACAGCAAGCACCGCAAGGGAGCGUCUCCUCUGGCUGCUGGAUGUCAUGGAGAAUGGAGCAGACCCUGAAGGAAGUUCUGACUCAAGGAGCCUCACUCAAACCACACUGCCUGACAUCUCCCUGGAUGAUGUUAACUCCAUUCUUGCAGAACCUACCAAUUUUCAUCCGGCUCCCCCACAAUCCACAGUAGAACAUGCUCCGCAAAUAAGACGGCAGGGUAGGGAGCAUGCACAACGCCCCUCUUCAGGAUCAUCCCAAUCUGGCCUUUUCUUUACAGUUCCCCCCACUAACCUGAGCCCUCCUCUCCCCCAUCUGACCAGUCCUCCUGCUUCUCCAUCUACAGAAAACUCAAACCAAGCCAUCUAUUCCAAUCAUUCCUCCAAAAUGACAUCCACCUCUCUUCCUCCUGCUCAGCUGGCUCUGGUUACGCAGCAUCCCCUUACCCCUUUCCCAAGAGUCCAAUCUCCCACAAGGUUAAGGGUCACAAGGGAUAUCCCCAGUCAUCUGUCUUCACCCACAAAUGGAGAAACUUCAGACAACAAUAGUCAACAUUUUGUGAUGGUUGAAGUUCAUCGUCCCAACAGUGAACCAGAUGUGAAUGAAAUCCGGGCUGUUCCCCAGACAAGAGCAGUCCUGCCCCUUUCCCCUCCAGCCUCCCUCUCCCAACUUUCGGACAGUGGGCAGACCCUGAGUGAGGACAGUGGAGUUGAUGCAGGUGAAGUUGGUGGGGGCAGCAAAGACAGCAGUCCACAGCCUCAAAAAACAAAAGGCUUAGAGGGAAUGCAAAAACCGCCAGGUCUGCUGGACCCUACGGCUACAUUAGUGCGAUUGAAAAAAACUGCACCAAGUCUGGGAAUAGCUAUCGAAGGGGGAGCUAAAACACGUCAGCCACUUCCACGUAUAGUAACUAUUCAGCGAGGAGGUUCCGCACACAACUGCAGCAAGCUAAAGGUAGGCCAGGUGAUCCUAGAAGUAAAUGGGAUCUCUAUGCAGGGUAAGGAGCAUCGAGAAGCAGCCAGAAUCAUCGCAGAGGCCUUUAAGACCAAAGAAAAGGACUACAUGGACUUCUUGGUUACAGAGUUUAAUGUGUCACUAUAGUAGUUGAUUGUGGCACCAAGACUAAAUG